AUGCUCUCUCCCUCCUCCCUCUCACCCAGCCCUCAUAAGAAUUCACCAGAAUAUCCUUCCACAGCAACCCAUCUAUCCUCCAUCACGAGAACAUCAAGCACAGUUUGCUGCGGCGCAGCUUGGCGCUCUUAGCCGGGUUAUAUGGUCUUCAACUGAAUAGUUCUACUCUUCGCUAGGCCCCAACUCAUCUACCUGCCAAUUCAUCGGGCUACAUCAACCGUCAAAUUUCCUUGUGCAGAACCUUUGAUCAUGGGGGAUAUUCGUUCCCGGAUGGUCUCGCACCCUCUGAUGGCACACACAGUCACCUCAUCGUUCAUCGCGAUGUUGGCACUCACUCCUACUCCCGCCCUCGUUCCGAUAAUCGCGCUCAUUUCAGUAAUUAGACUCUCGUCAUGGGCUUUUGUUCAUCGCCCUGGAGGAUUCCUCUUCGCAGUCGUCCAGCUACUUGCCAUCUCGUUGGCUGCUGGUGUUGCGCAGCUCACCCCCUCCUUAGAAGCGCUAUCCACGCCAACCAUCUCUCUCGUGGUUCUGAGUGUCAUCUCCAUUGCUACAUCUGCCAUUGCCCUUCUAGCUGCAUUCGCCGCCUGCUAUGUUGAACGCAUAGUAUCUUCACAAUGGGCGACAAUUACCAUAUUUCCUGCCCUGUGGGCGUCUGCGUGGGGCUCCAUCUCGUACGUUAGCUCCGUUGGCCAGCUUGCGACAUGGAGCCCAGUCGUAGGACUCGGCCCGUACUGGUGGAUUCGACAGUACCUCGGACAGUGGGGUGUGAAUUGGAUAGCAGCGGCUUGGGCUGGUAUCCUUUCCACGCUUCUAGGCAAUUGGAUAGUAGGAACAGGUGAAACCUCGCACCGAGAGGACGAGCCGAUAAUCUCAUUCUUGGAUGAUCCAGAGCACGGAAAUGAAGGCACUUCAAUUCCUCGCUCCGGUUCAUCACAAUCAACUUCGCGUUCGAAGGAGACCCUCGCUGGUUUGCUCAUCCUGCUCAUGAUUCCCUCCUACUUCUUCUCAAGCAUUCCUCUGCCGCCAUUCUCUGACAAUACAACCCCGUUCACGGUUGGUUGUGUCUUACCUAUUCCAAAAUACUCGGGGCAACGCUCCGGAUUGCCUACCCUUGAUGACUACAUCCAUGAUUCGAGGACGUUGCAGGCAUCCGCAAACAUUGUUAUUUGGCCGGAAAAUGCAGUUCGUUUCGCAUCUCCUGCUGAGAAGGAGGACACAUUUCGAGAGCUGCAGCUUUCUAAGAAUAUGAACAAGGGGAAGUAUUGGGGAAUCAGCUUUGAAGAGUACAUACCUGCCGAUUUGAAGGGUGGCGUCUACAAGAAAGGUAUGAAGCGCAAUGGAUUCGCGCUACUGGGGUCCUCCGGGCCUCCAGUUCUGGAGUACUACAAACGGCAUCUCGUGCCCAUUGCCGAAUCAUUCCCGCUGGUACCCGGUUCAGAAGACCCUGAAAUGUUUACAGUCGAACUCAGUGCUCCCAAAAACUACAAUAAAACCGACUGGGCGCCAGCACCCAAGUACACGCGUCCAAUUCCAAUUACAACGUCGAUCUGCCUCGAUCUAGCAUCGCCUUCGUCUUUCGAUCAUCUCGAGUCCAGACCAUCGCUGAUCCUCGCACCUGCCAAUACCUGGCACAUCGGUGUCGGACUAGCAAUGUGGGAACAGGCCAAAGCUCGCGCUGAAGAGACAGGAAGUACCGUGGUUUGGUGUGAUGGGGGAGAUGGAGGAGUUAGCGGAGUCGCAGGCGGGGGCUAUGACGAAUUUGUUCAGGUCGGACAAGGAUCUUGGUACAAGACUAUUGGAGUUCCAUAUCCUUUCAAUGAAGAACGGACCACGUUCGCGCGACUUGGGCAGUAUGGCGCGUUUAUGACAGUUUGGGCGAUAGUGGGUGUGGGGUACGCAGUCGAGGGGUUUCUGAAGCGCGAUGAUCCGCAGGCAGGCAACCUCGUAGGUGGACGGAGCUUGUUGAAGAUUAGUCAGCUGGUGAGCUUUUUACGCUCUUUUGGAAGGGGAAGUAAAGUGCAGGCCGGUGAAGAACGGCCUUUGUUGGAAUGAUUGGUUCCUUUGUAGGCUUUUUGGGCUUGCUUUCGUCAUUGCGAUCUUGGAAUCUUAGUGUGAUGAUUACUCUGGCUUUAGGGUUGUAUAUUACGUGUAUCUUUGCUGUUUGUAUGACAUGUUUAUGCUGUUCCAUGCCUGCAUGAUCUACAACGUCGUGAAUUAGACGUGAUUAUUGCUGCUC